UACUACAGUACGAAUCAUGACGCCAUGACACCAUAAAUUAUACUAAUUUCCAGUAUUAUUCGUAAUGUGGAAAUUUAUUUAGCUAUUGUACAUUUAGUGUUUCUUGUCUAUCAAAAUAUUAAAAGUAUUGUGAUAAUUAUUAAUAUAUAUAAAUAUUUAUAAUUCAUUUAAAAUUUAUUAAAACAAUGAUAUCUUUCAAAAUAUUAGCAAGUUGAUAUAAAAUAUUUAUAGUUACUAUAAUUAUUAUACUAAAAACUAUAGUGAAAAAUAUAAAUCAUGGAUAAUAAUUCUACUAUAACAAAACUUCCUCAUCAUAUACAACAAAAAUUGUGUAAUACACGACCUCCUUAUAGGCAGGGAAAAAGAUUAACAUCUGUGAAGGUAGCAUUGUGAACUUCUCUAUGUAACAGGUUUAUACAAUAAAUGAUGAAUCAAAACAUUUAAUGAUAUGUGGAGUACCAAAACUCCAAUUAGGUGAAGAAAUAAAAAAACUUGUUGAAUCUUAUGGUAAUAUAAAAAAAAUUCAUGUAGUUCAUGAUUAUCCCACAGAAGAGUUUACAGAAGCAUAUUAUAUACAAUAUGUUCAUAUACAAAGUGCAAGAAUAGCAAAACGAUUCAUUGAUGAUAAAAAUUUUUAUGGAGGUUCAUUACAUGUUUUUUAUGUACCUGAACUUGAAAGUAUCUCAGAAACUAAAGAAAAACUUCUUCAACGUCAAAAAGAUGUAAAUAUACGUAUAAAAAAAAAUCAACAAGAUCUAAAGAAUCCAAAUAUCAAUAAAUUUAUUCCCAAAGAACAAUAUAAUAGAAAAAAGAGAACACCUGCUUUACCACUUACAAAAGAGCGUCUUAUUCAACAGUAUCCUGGAAAAACUUUAUCAUCUAUUUAUGAUGGUAUACCACAAAAUCUAGAUCCAAGACUAGUAUGCGAAUCCAAUCUACCAUCUACUUCAUUUGAACAUCCAAGUAAUGCAUCUAUAUUAAAAGUUCCUUACCAUUCAACUGAAGCUAUUAUUAAAACAAGUGUACCUAAAGAAACUACAUUAAAAUCAAAUUAUACUAAAAAUAAAAGAAAAAAUUAUAAAGGACAAUAUAUUAAUAAUAAUGUAAAAGUUAGACUUGUUAAACCACAACUUGUAGAUACAAGUACUAUAGUAAAAUGGGAUAUUUCAAAUAAAAAUAUAUUUUCUAAUCCAAAGAAAAUUGAUAGUAAUAUAACUAUUAAAUUAAUACCAAAAAAUGAUGUUGAGAAAAAAAGGAUUAUAAUAAAAGAUCCAAGUGUAUCCCAGUUGGUACAACCAAGUGAAAAUCUGCAAUUAUCAAUUAAAGAAGCUAAAUCGCAAAUACGAGCGGCCAUGCAAAUGAAUAAUAAGGAAAAUCCAUGAUUUUAUAUUAAAAUAUGUAGAGAAAAAAAUUCUUUUCUAAGAAAAUUAUUUAUUUUAUAUUAAAUAAAUAUACUAUUGCAAUUAA